AUUCGUUUGAGACCCUGCCGUAAUCAGGCAUGUCUUCGAGACUGGUACUAUGUCUAGGUGACCUCUUCAUCCCAGACCGGGCCGCUGAUAUCCCGUCAAAGUUUAAACGCCUCCUCGCGCCCGGCAAGAUCGGCCAAAUUCUCUGCCUGGGCAAUCUGACCGACAAGGAAACCUACGACUUCCUCCGCGGCAUCGCCCCAGAGCUACACAUCGUCAAAGGCGACUACGAUGUCGAGGCACCCAACCUUGCACUCUCCAAAGUCGUCACGCAUGGCUCGCUUCGCAUCGGUUUCACGCAUGGCCACACCAUCAUCCCGCAGGGCGACCCGGACAGCCUGCUGAUUGCAGCGCGCCAGAUGGACGUCGAUAUCCUCCUAUGGGGCGGUACACAUCGCUUCGAGGCUUACGAGUUGGAAGGGAAGUUCUUCGUGAACCCGGGGAGUGCAACAGGUGCCAUGACGACGGGAUGGUGGGCGGAGAAAGAGGACCCAACACCGAGUUUCGUAUUGAUGGAUGUGCAAGGGGAUGUGCUUGUCCUUUAUGUAUACCAACUUCGGAAGGAUGCGAAUGGGGUCGAAACUGUGGGCGUCGAAAAGGUCACGUAUAGAAAGCAGACAACCAAUCAAACCUGAUUAUAGUGGUCAAGACUUCAUUGUUCAUCUUUGCCACUGCUUACUACCGAUGCAAAUCCCAUUUUCUCACGGAGGUUGCUGUUCAGGAUACGAUGCUCUACAGGAGGUCUUCCGGACGUAGGAGAUUGGAUGACGGUAGUUGCCUAGAGCAACUCGAGAUGCUACAAAGUGCAGCACAUGUCUCCACAGUUUAUAUUAAAGGAUCCCAAGGACCAGUCUGUUCUCAGGAGAUAUCAAUCACUACUUGGAAGCACAUCAAGCACUAGAGAGGCAGAAAUAAUUGAACCUUUCCAUGACCUCUGGCCCUUCAGAACCGAUUCCUUUAGGCUAACUCACACUCGAAACAACUUUAAGGUUUCCAGGACCGUCAGAUAUGCCUACAUGAUCUAACAGGUAUGCACAG